AUGGAGGAAAACGUGUUCUCGACGUCCGUCUCUAACGUCAGCGGUCUGCACGAGAUGACUAACUCACAGAGCAACAUGCGCCAACCAACUUCAUCGAUACCCGCCUCCAACAGUAGCUUGAAGCGCGGUGUACCGACUCCAGCCGUCCAAUCUGAUGCAAAGCGGGUUCCUCUAUCCAAGAGAGCCGGCGAGUUCCCAGAUAAACCUAUCACCGCUUCUCAUGUCACCUCACAGAAUGUCAAGGGUGUUUCCCUAAGAGACACGGCGAGACCUGGCGUCCCAGGAUCCCGACACACUUCCACCAGUAGCUAUUCUAGUAACGGCAACUACACCAUGAGUGUAGGCUCCGGCGCUCGUCCUCCCUCCCGAACGCGAAUAGCACACAGUCGAGCACGGUCGACGACUAGAGUUGGACGGCCCGCCACAUCUAUGGGCACGCGCGAGGAAGCACAGCAGCAGCAGCAGCAGCAGCAGCAACAGGGCAACAAUGUCUCGGAGAUCGAAGAGAAAAUCCAAUCGAUGGAUUCCGAAUUCCAGCGGCUCAAAGAGUUCAUGAACACGACCGAGAAGAACAGCGUGAAUGUGAAGGAAGAGCUCGAGAUAGCCAAGAAACGAGUGGCGAUCCUCGAGGACCAACGAUCCGAUUUACAGGCAGAGAGAGCCAAGUUGUUAGACAAGGCGGCUGACACCGAACGUGAACUUCGUGUUCUGAAAUUUGAUAUUGAAGAUCAAAAACGACGCCAUGAUAAGUACUGUGAAGAUCUAAUCUCAGACCAUGAGCGAAAGAUGAGAGCCAAGGUCGAUGAUUAUGAGCGUGAAAUGGACAAGGUAGUCAAGCUUCAGCAGGAGUUCGAGGACAAGUGCGGCGCCGAAGCCGAAGCCCGGCUAGAUAAUCUUUCGCGCGAGAAUAAGGAGCUUCGUAGCAAUCUCGAGUUUCAGAAGCGCGAUCAUGAACGCGAGCUUCACAGACUUAACAUGGAUAUCGAGAGACAAUGUCUUCGAAUGAAAGAGCUUGAAGAGAGUUUGAAGAAAUCGGAAGAGGAGCAGAAAACCCUCCAGACUCACAUCGAUGAAAAUUUCAAGACGAUCGACCGUUUAAGAAAGAGGGCUGAAGAUGCUGAGGAGAGCCUCUCCAAGGAUAAAGGUCAUCUAGGUGGACAGAUCAGUCUACUAAGUCAAAAGUUAGACUUUAGUUCCGAACGCAUCCAGAGCCUAGAAGAGCACAACAAAGCUGUCCAGUCAGAGUGUGAGAAAAAGCUGCAAGAAAUCGAGCUCGCAGCGCAGAAGAGAAUCGAUGAGGAGACGAGGCUACUCCGAGAUAGGCUCAUCAAGGAGGAAGAACGACGACACAAACUCUUUGAACAAGUGCAGGAGUUAAAGGGAAACAUCCGUGUCAUGUGUCGAAUCAAACCUCCCUCCGAUCCCGAGAAUGACGCUCUCAUUAAGUUCAACCCACGGGCAAGCGACCUCGACGAGGACAAGAUCGACGGUCUACUCAUACCAACAGAGCGAGAAGACUUCAGGGAACCAGGCAAGAUGAUUCCCGGCAAGCCGAAGGAGUUCAACUUCGAGCGGGUAUUCGACGAGCGCUGUACCAACAAGGACGUAUUCGACGAGAUUAGUCAGCUCGUGCAAUCCGUCAUGGAUGGUAAGAAGGUCUGUAUCUUUUGCUACGGCCAAACGGGCUCGGGCAAGACGUUCACGAUGAGCCGAAAAGGAGACGGCAUCAUCCCCCGAACGCAGGACAUGAUAUUCGGCGAGGUCGACAGACUGAAGGCGCUAGGGUGGGAAUACACGGUCGAGGGCAGCUACUUGGAAGUCUACCAGGACAAACUAUACGAUCUCCUCGCCUCGCGCAGCGCCAAGCCUGAGCCCCUGACCGUGGACCCGAUCGGCGAGGAGCUCAACAUCAAGGGCCACAGCUUCACGCUGCUGAAGGAAGAAAAAGACCUCGACGAGAUGGUGCGAACGGCCGACAACAACCGGCACACGGCGGCGACGGCGAUGAACGACCGGUCGUCGCGCUCGCACUCGAUCCUGGUGCUCAAGAUCGUAGGCACGAAGAAGAACGAGGAGGGCGAGGUGGUGCGGACGCGCAAGGGCACGCUGAACCUGAUCGACCUGGCCGGGUCGGAGUCGCCGGACAAGGCGCGCGGCGAGCAGAUCUACCGCGAGGGCGUGGAGAUCAACUCGUCGCUGAGCUACCUGCGCACGGUGCUGGCGAGCCUCGGCCAGGGCAAGACCGAGGGCGUGGAUUUCCGCAGCUACACGCUGACGCAGCUGCUGAGGCCGAGCUUGGGGAAGGGGUGCCGGACCUUGAUGUUCGUUAUGGUGAGCCCGCUGAAGGAGAAUGAGAGUGAGACUGUGAGGAGUCUUGAGUUUGCGAGAGAUGCCCAGAAAGUCAAAAUGGGAGGAGGAGGAGGGGCGUCGAAGGCGAAGAAAUGA